AUGCAGCGGGACGGCUCCAAGAGGGAGCUGGCGGAGGGGUGGGAGGCGAAGGCUGUGGCCGCGGCCAGAGCGCAGGCGAAGGUGGCGGCGGCGGAGCAGGUCCUCGUGGACGCGGGCGCGUCAGGAGAGCCGGAGCGCAAGGCGAGGGAGGAGCCGGCCAAGGACCCUGUCCCGGCGCAGCCCCGCGCGGCCGAGGAGGGGGACGUGGGCGUCCUCCCGCGGCCUCCGUCCGCGCCGCCCGUGUCCAGGCCGAAGCCGGCGCGCGCGCAGGGUCUCUGGCUGCAGGGGAAGCCCAGGACCAAGGGCCGAAGUUGCAAGCGGAGCUCGGGCCGCCAGUCGGACGAGUACCACUCUCUGCGGCCCGUCACCGUGGACAGCUCCAAGGCCAGGACCUCCCUGGACGCCCUGAAGAUCAGCAUUCGUCAGCUCAAGUGGAAGGAGUUCCCCUUCGGUCGACGCUUGCCAUGUGACAUCUACUGGCAUGGUGUUUCGUUUCACGACAAUGACAUAUACUCCGGUCAAGUGAACAAGUUCCCAGGCAUGACCGAGAUGGUGCGGAAAAUCACUCUGAGCAGAGCGGUGAGGAUCAUGCAGAGCCUCUUCCCGGAGGAGUACAACUUCUACCCUCGCUCGUGGAUCCUGCCCGACGAGUUCCAGCUCUUCGCGGCUCAGGUUCGAAUGGUGAAAGACGGUAACCCCUCCUGGAAGCCCACUUUCAUCGUGAAACCUGAUGGUGGUUGUCAGGGGGAUGGAAUCUACCUCAUUAAAGACCCCAGUGACAUCCGCCUGGCGGGGACCCUGCAGCGCAGGCCGGCGGUGGUCCAGGAGUACAUCUGCAAGCCUCUCCUCAUCGACAAGCUCAAGUUCGACAUUCGCCUGUAUGUCUUACUGAAGUCCUUAGACCCCUUAGAGAUUUACAUAGCCAAAGAUGGACUCUCUAGAUUUUGUACAGAGCCGUAUCAGGAACCCACCCCCAAAAACAUGCACCACAUCUUUAUGCACUUAACCAACUACUCGCUGAACAUCCACAGUGGUAACUUUGUCCACUCGGACAGCACUAGCACGGGCAGCAAAAGGACUUUCUCAAGCGUUCUUGGUAGGCUGUCUUCCAAAGGCGUCGACAUCAAGAAGGUCUGGUCUGAUAUCAUCUCCUUGGUGAUCAAGACCGUCAUUGCCCUGACUCCAGAGCUCAGGGUUUUCUACCAGUCGGACAUCCCCGCGGGGAGGCCCGGGCCCACGUGCUUCCAGAUUUUAGGCUUUGACAUCCUUCUAAUGAAAAAUCUGAAGCCGAUACUACUUGAAGUUAAUGCAAAUCCCAGCAUGAGAAUCGAACAUGAGCAAGAACUUUCUCCAGGGGUGUUUGAAAACGUCCCCAGCCUCGUCGAUGAGGAAGUGAAAGUGGCUGUGAUCAGAGACACCCUGCGCCUCAUGGACCCCCUUAAGAAGAAAAGGGAGAACCAGUCUCAGCAGCUGGAGAAGCCAUUAGCCGGAAAGGAAGAGCCUUCUGACAGUGACAUGGCCGUCGCCUCGGACGCCAACCCCAACCCCGAAGCCCACCUGCCCUCCAUCUGCCUCAAGCAGGUGUUCCCCAAGUACGCGAAGCAGUUCAACUACCUGCGCCUGGUGGACAGGAUGGCCAACUUGUUUAUCCGGUUCCUGGGAAUCAAGGGGACAAUGAAGUUGGGACCAACAGGCUUUCGCACCUUCAUAAGGAGUUGCAAGCUGAGCAGCAGCAGCCUGUCCAUGGCCGCCGUGGACAUCCUGUACAUCGACAUCACGAGGCGAUGGAACUCCAUGACCCUGGACCAGCGGGAUUCAGGAAUGUGCCUGCAGGCCUUCAUAGAAGCUUUCUUUUACCUGGCUCAGAGGAAGUUCAAGAUGCUGCCCCUCCACGAGCAGGUGGCCUCGCUGAUCGACCUGUGCGAGUACCACCUGUCCCUGUUGGACGAAAAGCGUCUGGUGUGUGGCCGGAGUGGCAGGUCGGGGGGCCAGCCCCCCGACGGAGGCAUGCCCCAGGAAGCCAGUCUGGCAGCCCCGCCGGCCAAGGGCAACCCCCCGCCCUGCACAGACAAGCUCUCCCACUCCAGACAUGCUCUGUCCUGAGGGCCCCUCUGUCCUCCCAGAAGAGCAAGAGAGAGAGGCUGGAGAGAGGCUGA